CCAGUUUCUUGACUGGCUCCUUGGCUCAGAGCCGCUUUCUACUUCUGAACAGUGGGAAUUGUUAACAGAGACUUGAUCCCUGGAAAAAGCACAGACUCCACAGAACCAUAGGGCUAGGAAGUUGGCUCCGUGGGUGCAGUGUGGCUGGAGAACUUGAAUUUGGAUCCCCAGCAUUCAUGGAAAACCUAAGUACCAACCUCUGGCCUAGCCACGCAUACACAAACAGAGAUUCAGGAGAAAAGCAAGCAGAUCCUAGUACUAGGCCUGGAUGGAGCAGGAAAGACCAGCGUCCUCCACUCACUGGCUUCCAACAGAGUCCAGCACAGCCUGGCACCUACCCAAGGUUUCAAUGAAGUUUGCAUCAACACUGAGGACAGGCAGAUGGAGUUCCUGGAGAUUGGUGGCAGUGAGCCAUUCCGCGCCUAUUGGGAUAUGUACCUGCCUAAGGUAUGGCUGCUGAUCUUUGUGGUAGACUCAGCUGAUCGCAAGCGAUUGCCUGAAGCCAAGAAAUACCUUCAUCAGCUGAUUGAGUCAAACCCAGAACUCCCUCUGGUUGUGUUUGCCAACAAACAGGAUCUUGAAGAUGCCUACCACAUUACAGACAUCCAUGACGCUUUGGCACUGUCGGAAGUGGGGAAUGACAGGAAGCUGUUCUUGUUUGGAACUCAGGUGACUGAGAAUGGCUCAGAGAUCCCCUCCACCAUGCAAGAUGCCAGAGACCUGAUUGCACAUCUGGCCGCAAAUAUGUAGAAGUUGACUAGGACCUGGCCCACUAUACAAUUCACCAUCAAACCAUCAUCAAAGAGGGCUGAAUGGCAGGCUUAAGCCGAAGGUUUCCACUUCCAAUAAAAAAUAGGCCAUUUCCUAUUCUCUCAAUGCAAA